AUGGUAUUGCGCUGUCAGCAUCCUUUGCAUUUGAAAAGUAGCAAGGUACUUUUGCAGGAUUCCAUAUUACUCAACCCCAUCGUGGGCCAGAUGGCAUACGUAUUGGGUGCUCUCAUCUCCCUCCGCACGUGA